AUGAAGAAAAGAUCAGCGUCGUAUUCGACAGUCAGUUAUGUCAGGGGAUAUCAUUUAAUAGCAAGCUAUCACGAAUCUAUCUGUCUAUCUAUCUAUCUAUCUAUCUAUCUAUCUGUUCAUAUCUAUCUAUCAAUCUAUCUAUCUAUCUAUUUCGAUCUCUUCAAAACUAUCUAUCUAUUUCGGUCUCUUCAAAUCUAUCUAUCUAUCUAUCUAUUUCGGUCUCUUCAAAUCUAUCUAUCCAUCUCUCUAUCUAUUUCGGUCUCUUCAAAUCUAUCAUCUAUCUAUCUCAUUCAUCUAUCUAUCUAUUUCGGUAUCUCAAUCUAUCAUUAUCUGUCUAUCUAUCCUCUCAAAAAUCUAUCUAUCUAUCUAUCUAUCUAUCCAUUUCUAUCUCUUCAAAUCUAUCUAUCUAUCUAUCUAUCUCGGUCUUCAACCUAUUAUCUAUCUAUCUAUCUAUCUAUCUAUCUAUCUAUCUAUCUAUAUUCUGCUACCUUAUACAUAUCUAUCUAUCUAUAUACAUAUAUGAGUUCAUAUCUCACUAUCUUUCAUUAUGUCUCUCGCUACGACCGCAGACAACUCUUUCACUCAUUUGUAUUUAUUCGUUCUUUCUUUUUUUCAUUCAUUCAUUCUUUCAUUCCUUCUUUCUUUCUUUCAUCGUCCUUUAUUCAUUCGUUCUUUCUUUCAUUCAUUCAUUCUUUCAUUCCUUCUUUGAUUCGUUCUUUCUUUCUUUCAUUCAUUCGUCCUUUAUUCAUUCGUUCUUUCUUUCUUUCAUUCAUUCAUUCUUUCAUUCCUUCUUUUUUUCUUUCUUUCAUUCAUCCUUUAUUCAUUCCUUCUUACUUUCUUUUCAUUCAUUCAUUCUUUUAUUCCUUCUUUCUUUCAUUCAUUCAUUCUUUCAUUCCUUCUUUCUUUCUUUCAUUCAUCCUUUAUUCAUUCCUUCUUUCUUUUUUUCAUUCAUUCAUUCUUUCAUUCCUUCUUUCUUUAUUCAUUCAUUCUUUUAUUGAUUCUUUCUUUCUUUCAUUCAUUCAUUCUUUCAUUCCUUCUUUCUUUCUUCCAUUCAUUCUUUUAUUCUUUCAUUCAUUCAUUCCUUCAUUCCUUCUUUCUUUCAUUCGUCCUUUAUUCAUCCCUUCUUUCAUUCAUUCAUUCUUUCAUUCCUUUUUUCUUUCUUUCGUUCUUUCUUUCACUCAUUCUUUAUUUCUUCUUUCUUUCUUUCUUUCUUUCCUUCUUACUUUCAUUCAAUCAUUCAUUCUUUAUUUCUUCAUGUUAAAACACCUGUUCCCGAACGUGCGCCGAAGUUAA